AUGUUCCUAAAUAUAGGAUUGGUUCUUGGGCUGUGCUUAGCAAUGACUAGCGCUACGCAAAAAUGUGGAGAGCGCAACGUUGAUGGUGUGGGAUUCCGGGUGGUUGAUCCGCAGGGAGAAUCCGAGUACGGAGAGUUUCCCUGGAUGGCAGUGAUUUUGAGCAAAGAAAAUUUAGCCGGCAGCGUGUUUAAUGUGUAUCAGUGUGGAGGAUCGUUGAUUCACCCGUCGGUGGUACUGACUGCGGCAAGUUGCGUUCAAAAUAAAGCUGCCGCAAAAACCUUGGUGCGCCUUGGUGAGUGGGACACUCAGACGAGGGACGAGAUUUACCCUCACCAGGAUCGUCAAGUGCACGAGACAGUGAUCCACAGCGGAUUCAAUAAGACUACUCAGGCCAACAAUGUAGCGCUUCUGUUCCUCGAAAAACCGGCCGAACUUAUGGAAACGGUUGACACUAUCUGUUUGCCGCCGAUGGAUCAACACAUAGGUACACCUCGUUGUUUCGCCUCAGGCUAUGGUAUGGACGUAGCCGGAGCGAACGGGAGGUACCAGGUAAUUCUGAAGAAGAUCGAAGUGCCGAUCGUGCCGAGCGAGAAAUGUCAGAAGGCGCUUCGGACCACAUCACUUGGCCAGGAGUUCGUGAUUCACUCGAGCCUCAUCUGCGCCGGAGGUGAAGAGGGUCGCAAUAUGUGCAAAGGAGACACAGGUUCGCCUUUGGUGUGUCCCAUACCGGGAACAGUCAAUAGAUACUAUCAGGCAGGCAUCGUGAUGGACGGGAGUGGUUGCGGUGAAAACCGAAUCCCAGUACUGUAUGCCAACGUUCCGAAGUUCCGUGAAUGGAUCGAAGGACAUCUGACACAGCGAAACAUGUCUCACAGCUAUUUCAAUUACUCAUAA